UUAUCUGAUUCUCCCUUGGUUUCACAAAAAUUGCAUGUGCAACUAAAACCCAAUAAUAUAUUCAUAUAGAUGGAGGUAUUAUACGAUGGUCAUGGUGUUAUUGUUUUGAUCCUUAGAGGCAGUAUGAUUCUUCUUGUUUCGUUGCUUAUCAACUUGAGCAUCGCUUUGGCUCACUUUCAUGGCUUCGGGGAACAACCACUCGCCAAGAUUGCAAUCCAUAAGGCUGUUGUUUCGCUCCACAGUAACGCCUCCAUUGCAGCCUCCCCUUUUCUUCUUGGCACUAAGGGUGAGGAUACCCAAUGGGUGACUGUGAAUGUUUAUCACCCUGACCCAUCUGCAGAUGAUUGGGUUGGAGUUUUCUCUCCUGCAAAGUUCAACUCAUCGACAUGUCCACCGGUUAAUGAUCCAAAAGAAGUUACUCCAUACAUAUGCUCAGCACCAAUAAAGUACAAAUUUGUGAAUUACUCCAAUUCAAUGUAUACAAAGACAGGAAAGGCUUCUUUGAAGUUCCAAUUGAUCAACCAGCGCGCCGACUUUUCCUUCGCGCUAUUUUCUGGCGGACUAUUGAAUCCUAAACUUGUUACAGUCUCCAAUUUCAUAUCAUUUGUGAAUCCUAAGGCACCUCUGUAUCCGCGUAUUGCUCAAGGGAAGUCUUGGGAUGAAAUGACAGUUACAUGGACAAGUGGAUAUGACAUAAGUGAAGCUACACCAUUUGUUGAGUGGAGUAUUAAGGGAAAGACUCCAAUGCAAUCUCCUGCUGGAACAUUGACAUUUGGUCGCAACGCCAUGUGUGGUUCACCAGCAAGCACUGUAGGUUGGCGUGAUCCCGGGUUCAUCCACACAAGUUUUCUUAAAGAACUGUGGCCAAAUAAAGUGUACACAUACCGAUUGGGGCAUCUUUUGUCUAAUGGUUCAGAAAUUUGGAGCAAGCAAUAUUCAUUCAAGUCAUCACCUUAUCCUGGACAGAACUCACUCCAACGUGUAAUCAUAUUUGGUGACAUGGGCAAGGCUGAACGUGACGGUUCAAACGAGUAUAACAACUAUCAACCUGGUUCACUCAACACAACAGACCAGCUCAUCAAGGAUUUAGAAAACAUUGACAUUGUUUUCCACAUUGGAGACAUGACUUAUGCAAAUGGAUACAUCUCACAAUGGGACCAAUUCACUGCUCAAGUGGAACCAAUUGCAUCAAAAGUGCCAUAUAUGAUUGGCAGUGGUAAUCAUGAGCGUGAUUGGCCCAACACGGGAUCCUUUUAUAAUACUACAGAUUCAGGUGGUGAAUGUGGAGUCUUGGCUCAGACCAUGUUUUAUGUCCCAGCAGAAAACAGAGAAAAGUUCUGGUAUUCAACGGAUUAUGGCAUGUUUCGCUUCUGCAUAGGGGACACUGAACAUGAUUGGAGAGAAGGAACAGAACAAUACAAAUUCAUUGAGCAUUGUCUCGCAACAGUGGACAGACAGAAGCAACCAUGGUUGAUCUUUGCUGCACAUAGAGUGCUUGGAUAUUCGUCUGAUUUUUAUUAUGGAUUGGAGGGUUCAUUUGAAGAGCCAAUGGGAAGGGAAAGUUUGCAGAAACUUUGGCAGAAAUAUAAAGUGGAUAUUGCAUUUUAUGGCCAUGUCCAUAACUAUGAAAGGACAUGCCCCAUUUAUCAGAACCAAUGUGUGAACAAAGAAAGGUCACAGUAUUCAGGCACAGUAAACGGAACAAUUCAUGUUGUUGUUGGAGGAGCAGGAAGCCACUUGUCGAAUUUCAGCCAAGUAACACCAAAGUGGAGUCUUUACAGAGACUAUGACUUUGGCUUUGUCAAGUUGACCGCAUUCAACCAUUCUUCUCUCUUAUUUGAGUACAAGAAAAGCAGUGAUGGCAACGUCUAUGAUUCUUUCACCAUUUCAAGGGAUUACAAAGAUGUAUUGGCAUGUGUACAUGAUGGAUGUGAACCAACCACUUUAGCCACUUAAAAUUGUGUAGCCUCUAUAGACUCUAUACGUCUAUGUUCUUAUGAAUUGAAUAUUUAUAUACUGCAAGAACUAAGGGCUGAAAGAAUUAUGCAGUGUAAUCAGGCUACAAUUAUGAAUCAAAGAACACAAUUAUUAACCCCA